AUGCCUCUGAAGUUCCGUUCCGCAACACUUCAUCUGUUCCUCCGUACGAAGAACUCGAAUGCCCUGUUACACUCGCAGCACUCUGUAUUGAGAAGCAUCCUCGAUAACAACAGUCAACAGCGACAGCAAUCAAGCUUCAAAGCGAUCGAGGCCCGCAAGUCAUUAAAGAAACAAUUCCCAGGUUCCAAGACCGCCAUAUCAACCUCUCCAAUCUCCCCAAACAACACAGUAGAGCAUGUCUUAACUUCCUUCGACCAAAUAGUAAAUUGGGCCCGUCAAAGCUCCCUCUGGCCCCUCAGCUUCGGCCUCGCCUGUUGCGCCAUUGAAAUGAUGCAAGUCUCCAUGCCACGCUACGACCAAGACAGACUAGGAAUCAUCUUCCGCGCAUCCCCCCGACAAGCAGACGUGAUGAUCGUAGCCGGCACCGUGACGAAUAAAAUGGGCCCAGCACUUCGGCAGUGCUACGACCAGAUGCCGGAUCCAAAAUGGGUUAUCAGUAUGGGCAGUUGUGCGAAUGGAGGCGGGUAUUAUCAUUACAGUUAUAGUGUUGUUAGGGGUGUGGAUCGAAUUGUGCCGGUCGAUGUUUAUGUACCUGGUUGUCCGCCUACACCGGAGGCGUUUUUGUAUGGUGUUUUCCAGUUGCAGAAGAAGAUGAGGAGGACUAGGGUUACGAGGAUGUGGUAUAGACGGUGA